AUGCCCGACAAGCCCGAGCCGGAUGCCUCCAAUCUCGUGAAACCCUGUCCUGUCAUGUCAUUCCCCUCCUGCAAAUCCGAGUGCAUCACCGACGGACUGAACGGUCGCGAUGAUGGUGUAAAACUGGACACGGAAACAUGGAAUGAUGGAGCCCAGACUGCGGCCAUUGAACACUUGGUUGCACUCAAACAGGGGCUACGGGUAUCCGACACAGAGCUGUUCUGGAAGCGGCUGAUGGAGGAUAUCACGUCAAUAACAAAAGCCCAAUAUGGAUUUGUUGCUCGGAGAGUCCAUGGUAGUGACCCCUUACCAGAAUUAGGCGGGCGGCGCCCGACGCUUUUUGGUCCAGUAUUUUACUACAACGAUGGCUAUCAAAAUGUUGGUUUGCAGCGAAACAGGUAUUUCGCGGGCGGGAAUCCCUUGUUGCACAUGGACCACGAACGGCCUUGUUUGAUCACCGAAAAUCUCAGCUCCCUGGUUUCCUUCGGCGAUGACCAGUUACCAUUCGGUGUCGAUGCCUACCUAGCGAUACCGUUGUUCUCGGCUGGAAAGUGCCUGGCGCACCUCGGAUUGAUGUGGUCGAAAGAUGGCCUCCGGCAGCGAAAUCUGUCCUGGUCUUUUAUGGAGAUGAUCCUCCACUCCCUCGAAGAUCUAAUUGUUCAGCGCUUGCAACAAGGAGAAACAAAUACAGAUGACUUGGUUUCUCCAACUACCAAUGCCCCGAACCACCCCAACCCUCACUUCAUCGCCCCCAACGAACUCUCCGAUUUCAACUCACAGCCCCUCAAACCGUACGCACGAAGCCUGUCACACGAACUCAGAACUCCAAUGCAAGGCGUUGUAGGUAUGCUCGAUGUGAUGCAUGCGACGGUACGCGAGGCAAUGGAAAGCAAGACACCCAUCAAAUCGGGCGGGAUCUUCCAGACACUCAAAGAAGGCAUCGAGAUGGUGCAGGACAGUGCAAGGCGUGCGGUUGAAGCGGCCGACAAUGUCGUUCACGCAUAUGAUCUUAACAUGCAGGUCCCUAAAACACCACUUCGGGAAGAAACUGAGAUUUUGGGCCACCCUGCUAUUCCCCCUGAGAUCCCGGAGAACCAUGUGGCCGAAACCCAGGACUCCGAAACCCGCCCAAGCAUCUUCAUUGAAGGGAACAACAUUGCAGUGAAUCCCUACAAGCGGCGGCGAAGUUUGCCAUUGGAAACGAACCCCCGACCGGUGCGGAAGCAGAGGCUUCGCGCUGCUACAUCACGACAAGAGCUUUCCCCCCGCAGCGAAGAAGUCAAGAACGCUGUGCAUGAAAGCGACCAAAUUGUACAUGCUAUUCCCGCCCGCCAGAUCGAAGCUGUUAUGGCCAACAUGGUCGAUCCCCGCCCUUCACUUGCCGUACGACGAUCUGCACCCCACCUACUCCUGGAGGGCAUCAACGUCAACCUCCGAGGCUCUGCUUUGCGCUUUACCAAACUGAGAGAUCUUCUUCGUCUGGUAAUCAAUGAGUCUCUUCAUGUUGGUGGUCGACCUGAUUCUGCUAUAAGCAACGCAACCGAUUGUGGCGAGAGGAUCGAAAUUCGAUCAAGAUCCUCCAAUGGCGAGUUGCGCACCAAGGUCGUAGAUUGGUCUGUGGAUCCAGCAUUGCCCGACACCCUUCUUGCCGAUGACCGUGAUCUGGCCAAAUUGAUAUCUUGUGUCUUUCUUAACGCAAUAAAAUUCACCAACAACGGUACCAUCACUGUGUCAGCGACUUUUGACUCCAAGAAAAACGAUGUCUUGAUUCUUGUACGCGAUACAGGCCCAGGAAUUCCAGCUGCGUUUUUGCCCAAUCUAUUCAAACCAUUUGCUCGCGAGGAUGCCUCAACCACCCGAAGCAAAGACGGCCUAGGACUCGGUCUUCUUGUGGCCAAGGGCCUAUCGCGGAAAAUGGGCGGUGAUUUGACGUGUGUACGCUCAUCCACAUCGGGCCCUGAGCGAGGUACCGAAUUCAGAAUCCGAAUCCCUGUCAAUCAACGUGAGACUGAAGCCCGACCCGCCACGCCUGGCGAGGCCAUUUAUGACCAAACACGGAAUAGCAGCGGGAGCAGCAAUUUAUGUGACCCUGCUACCAAUAACUCCCCUUUCAUACUCCCUCAAAACAUCCAACUUCAGCAGCCGACCCCAAGUGUUAGCGAAGAGAACAUGUCUCAAAGCCCAACGCUCAAAAGAUCACCACCCCAAACCCGUCUACAUCGAACCAAUAUUUCUGGGGAGGCGUACGAUAAGAAACUCGCGGAGAAGUAUCCGCUGCGUUUUCUUGUUGCCGAAGACAAUAGAAUCAACCGACGCGUCUUGGUGAACAUGUUACGGAAACUCGGCUAUCGGGAUGUCCUUGAAGCAGCCGAUGGCAGAGAAGCCGUACAAAUCGUCGAAGGCAUUCUGAACGCCUCAAAAGGCUCUGCUAUGGAUGUGGACUCCGACUCCGACCCCUCGAAUGCCAUGGAAGGCGUCAUCAAGGACUCACCUCCACCACCGAAAAUGAAAUCUAUCGACGUAGUCCUGAUGGACCUUUGGAUGCCUGAAAUGGAUGGCUAUGAAGCCACCUCGCGCAUUCUGCAGAUGGUCGACAACCAUCGUGACGAACACGCCGCCUUUGAUCAACAAAACCGCAAUAGCCCUGACUCCAUGGAAAUGGAUACCACUCCAAACACUUUCUGCACGCCGCCACCCCCAACCGUCCUCGCCGUCAGCGCAGACGUCACUGAUGAGGCGCUGAAUCGCGCUUCCAGGGUAGGGAUCAAAGGUUACAUGACAAAACCAUACAAACUCUCCGACCUUGAACGAUUGAUUCUCGAAUUUUGUGGCGGUGCUUGCCAGCAUUUUUCUUGA